AUGUCGGUGGCGGCUCCAGCGGCGGGCCCGGCUCAGCAGCAGCCAGCUUUUCGGCGUGUGUUCGGUUUCAUCGGUGGCGCGGUCGCCAACGCGGUCUCCACCACAUUUAUUAUUUUGGUUGUGGCGGCAUUUGUUGCUCAGCACGUGCUGGACAACAAGAACACGAUCGCCAAGACCCACUCGCCCGAAAUCGUUCAAGCUCGCAUGCUCGCACGCUUCGAGGCCGGCUCCGUGAUCCCACGUUUCGAGAAAUACCACGUCAGUCGUCCAGAUGCUGUUGCGAUGCUUCAAAAGGUGCUGCGCCCCGCGCUGUUGAAGGACUACACGGUCGUCAUUGGCGAAGUAGGCUGCGGCAAGACCACCGCCGUCCUCGACGCCAUCCGAGCCAACAGCACUGGCAUUGUCUACCACAUCGUCCAAAGCGAGGUGUUAGUCUCGAUGCCAGGCUACUUCAAAGACCGUGGUGUUGAGAUGCAUCAAAUAGCAUCGGCAGAAGAACCUUUCAAGAGCUGGGCGAUACUCGAGCUCGGUCUUCGGGACGUCGCCGCACAGUUCAAGGCCAAGCAUGGUCACGUUGCCACGCUCGUCAUCGACGCCGUGGACCAGAUCGCCCAGCAGGGUCCCGCACUGUUGCAUGUGAUUCAAAAUUUUGCCAAGGCGGCUGCUGACGAGCAGCUGCUCAAUGUUGUUCUCGUCACCUGCGAUGGUUCGAAUCUGCCUGAGCUCAAGGCAUCGUCAGCAAUGACUCGUGCUCGCAUUGUCGAAGUGAGUGAUAUCACCGACGAACAAGCUGUCGAUUUUCUGCUGCAUCGUGGCGUCAACGAGGAUGCGGCAAAACGCGCGGUUGCUGAGAUUGCUGGCGGGCGUUUUGUUCUGCUCAACAGCCUGGUGUUUGAGCUUCAGUUCAAGACUGUGGACGAGAUCUUUGAAGAGUUCGCGUGGAUACGGCAGACUCCCUCCAGCGCCUGA